ACGACGAUAUCAACAAUCAAGUCAGUCGCUCCGUAUACAUUAGCCGUAUAGGAGGUGGUAACAAAGUCAUCCUUGCUUCAGUCUCGUGGAAGCCUUCUUCGUGAGUGGUUUGGCGCGAACCUCUAGCAAUUUUUCCAUCAACAAAUCAAAUCACGUGCGUUCAAAAAGUAUUCGUUAAAUUGAAUUACAUCGUUUGCUUGAAAGUUAUUAAAAGUUUGGCCACGGGUUUUUUCCCCGGUGCCGAUACCAAGCAAAACUUUUAUUCGCACGUUCCUUAGUGUGAAGCAAAUAAGUUAAGUGUGAAUUUAUGAGGUUAAUUAGAGCCGGGUGCGCUUGGGUAGAAACGUGAAAAUUUACAGUGAAAAGUUGGUCGAGCCGAGUAAAAAAAACUCGUUAAGAAUAUCCCAAAACAGUCAUAAAACGGGCGGUACAUUGAAGCGGAACGGAGGAAAAUUGCAUUUUAGCGCGAAUCACGGUCGGAAAAUUAUCAAAACAGAGAUUUUUAUCACCACCGUUAUUACCGACGUGUUAUCCCAACCGUUUAUUACUCCGGCUACCCAUAAAACCGGGGAAGCGAAACGCUAACGGCCCCGACUGUGAUGAGUGAGCGAGUGAGUGCGUGUACAUAGAAAAGUGAAAGCAUUUUUGCGGGAACGAAAUCAUCAAUUAUUACCCGUGUUCCGGCGUCAAGAGCCCCCCGUUGGACCAACAUGUUGCGUUUUGGAUUACUCAAGUACAAAAAAUUGAACAACAGCGUAUCGGCCUCCGGGGAACCGGUGCCGACAGAAUUCAGUGACGAUUGUGGCCAGCAGCCGCAGCAUCAGCAACCUUCUAGCGCAAGGUCGACGACAACAAUUGCAACACCUGUGCGCCAAAAUCAUCACCUUCUGAUUCACAACGAGCUGAGUGGGAGCACGAUGAAAAAUACCAACUCACGUGCCAUUAAUUCACCGACCGAAAGUGCCAAAGAACACAAACUUUUCCAACAGGAGGGACCGAAUGUCGAGCGGGAAAUCUUCUGCUCCACCCCCGACCUGGACCGACCAUCGCCCAAAUUACGGCCCGGCGCAGCACUGUCCAUCUCAUCGGCCGAUAAUUACAAACCACUCACCAGUUCGGCGGAGGCCCACCCCAAAAAGCGCACCGCCGCGCUCACCUGUAAAGCUAGGAUCUACAAGUGUAUUAAGCGGAUGCUGAAAAGGAACAACUUUUCCAAAGAGCAAAAGGUUCACCACCCUCAGCAGCAGGUGCGGGAUAAAUCAAAAGUUGACUACAGAGAGAUUAAAAGUCUGCUUGAGAAGGAAAAGUCCUCGCUGGAUUACGAUGUCAACCUGGCGAAAUGUGUGGAUAAACCAGCGCUGAUCAAAAAAAUCGCUUUGAAUUUGAUGAAAUCAGCACAAGACGAAGGCCGAUCGCUGGUCAUCACCCCGGAACAGCCCUCGGAGACCACUUCCGUUCAGAGCAAUCUUGACCAGGAAGCCGAAUAUCUGAGACUGUGCAACGAAUCGUGGUACCACGAGAAUCUACCCCGGGACCUCUCGCUAGAGCUCCUAACCAAUAAAACUCCAGGACAGUUUGUCGUCCGCAAGAGCGCCACCCAACAAGACUGCUACGCACUUUCGUUGCGCGUACCCCCACCGGGACCAAAAAUCGCACACUACCUGAUCGUACGGACGGCCAGCGAGGGCUACCAGAUCAAGGGAUUCCACAAGGAGUUCACCUCACUGCGUGCCCUUAUCGUGCACCACUCGGUGAUGCCGGAGUCGCUUCCGGUUCCACUGGACGUCCCGCGGCCCGCUAAUCUGGCUGUGAAAACCAAAUGCGAAGAUGAUUACGAUACCGUCUUCGAUCUGCCGGAAACGAUCCGUGCGUGAAGACGACAUCCUCGUGUGCUCAAAAAAUUACCAGCUAAUUACAUGUUAGGGAACUUUUACCAAAACCUUAUCGUUACCUACGACUAGUGCGUAAGCUAUUAUUAACUAGAUAUAUUACAUAGAGAAAUAUAAAUUAUUUAACAGAAAAUUAUCAAA